AUGAAGGUCAUAUAUCUCAUUACUCUCUUCAUUUCCUUCGUCGCGGCUGUCGAUUUCGCUGAACUCAAUGAGCGCCAGCGUAAGGGUCGCCCACACAAGAAGACAUCACGGCCCAAGAAGUAUUCGGGCGUGUCGACAAUGCGUGCUCCUCACAAGCCAGCUAGUGCGCCAUCCGCUUACCGCGUUGACCUUGGCAAGCCCAGCCGGUCGAGGUCUAAAGCGUCGUUGAAGAAGUUACCCGCCGAGUACAUCGACCCGGAUAACAUGCGUCGUAGUAUUGAAGCCAUGCGUGCUGUGCAGCGGCUCAAGAGACAAAGCUCAGCUAACGAUUUUUUUGAGUGCCAGUCCUCCGUACGACUCCAUAUAGCUAGCAUGAGGGUCAAGGCAGAUCUAACAAAACAACAGAAUCCGGCACCCUCAGAUAUGUUCUCGUAUCAGACAUGCGAGGGCUUCUUCUGCAGCUUGUGCGAGACACUACAAACGAACACCGACUUCAUUGGUAACCAGCUAAGCACCGCUGAGGCAUUAUGUGUCUCCAACGGUGACGCAGGCACAGUUGUCGGCGAAGAUCCACCACAGUGGGAUGCCGGCUUUGUUUAUACUGGCAAUGGGCUCCCGACAUAUGAUGUUUGCUAG